AUGUACCUCACAGGCUCUUCUUACAGGCUGACGAUUCUUUUGGAUGAUGUAAGGUACACUGCCGAAUUAGAGAACUAUCAGUCUUUCGAAUUUAUGGACUACAGGCGAAAUAUUGAGUUAGGGAUUCUACAAGCGUAUGACGGCGACGAACAAUUUCAGGAGGUGCAAGUUCUCAGGUUUAGUUCUGGCUUUGAAAUGAAAGUAGUUUCAAGGAUACUUCUCAAGUUCAAAAACAAAACCAAGCAUUUGAAAGCUCUCGUAAAAAAGAUGAGCACACAGAAGUUUGGCCGAUUAAAAGUAUUCCCAGCAGUAGGAGACUGUGGUUGCUAUGAACAGGUCUUUGGGCCAACUCCUCUUCAUUUAACUUCUUACGGUAACCCAUACAACCCUGAUCCCGAUCACAAACAAGUGUCAUCCUGGCUUUGUUCCCCCGGGUGCAAUGUGACGUGUAGUCCAACCUGUACACCAAAUUGCUGCACGACGAUAACCUCGACCUCAGUAGCAUCAGUCGGAUAUUCUUUUGAAGCGUCCGCUAAAAACUUACCCUAUUCACCCCUGGCUCAAUGUACUGCGCCGUGUGGAGCAAUCUGUGCACCAUCUUGUACUCCUGCUUGUUGUUAUACGAUUUACCGUGCGCAGAGGCAACAGGACAUGUACAGGAAACGACAUCAAGUGCAGAAUAACAAGGACAGGAGGAAAUAUGAGGCUACUCUUUAUAGGAAUAAUCCAAAAAAUCAAAAGAAACAUAAGGAGUUGAAGAAAAAUCAGGCAAAUUAAUUGACAGAAAGGUUAAGGUUUCCUGAAAACUCAAACAUAGAAAUAACCGUUAUUCUUUGCGCCUUUUGAAGUUGAUUAGAGCCUUAACUAAGUGUAGAAUU